UGCCGACCUAUGACGUCAUCCAGUAUUUGAAUACGGACAACAACAACAACAGAAACAGACAACACGGAAGUUUCAACAUCGCUUGAAAUCCUUAUUUUCUCUACACUGAAAUGGCAGAAGUGGGACAUGACGAGGGGGAGGAAAAUGCAGGGUACAUUUUGUACCAGAGAGUACCGAAAGGCAAGGAGGCAACAUUGAGAAAUGAUGGUAGAAAACCACUGCAGGAUCUGAAUAACAUUGUUCCUAGGAUAAGGAAUUUGGCUCUGAAUGAGAAGCAUUGUGUGCCACCAAAGAGGCAUGCAGAGCCUGAAGAGCCCCAUUCUGAAGCUGUUACUACCAAGAAAAAAAGGUCAUCUGGUAAUCUUGAGGAGUUCCUCUCAUUUGAGCCAACAGAGAGACCUGCAUGGAGGGAAGCUACUAUUACUGGGGAUAUCAAUUCAAUACCUCCAAUUUCUGAAAUGAUCAAAGACAUUGUGCAUUAUGAAAAAACCUAUGAGAAAUUGAAGAAAACUGCUAGAAAAACUGACAGAAAACAAAUCAUUAGAAGUUUACUUACUAAGUUCUUGUGCAAUGUACAGAAAGAAGAAGAUAUUGGAGUGAAAGAGGAAGGAAAGACCGAGGAAAUCAUGCAUAUUUUGGACAAAGAAUUUGAUAUUGAUGAGGCUGGAGCAAACAGGAAACUUUCUGACAGUUCAGCUGUUAUGUCAGAGGAAAGGAAACUAUGUGUGGAAGAUAAAAGAAAUGAAUCACCAGAAUUUGAUACAUACCCAAGUCUAGAGGAAGAACUUGGUGAUUAUCAUGGAAGACUAUCAAGUUCAGGUGAUGCAAAGCCAUCAAAAACUGAAUUAGAAACAAAAAAUUUGUAUAAAGCUUACAAACACAUCACAAAUGAACUUAAUAAGUCUAAGACUGAAACAGAUAUGUAUGCUGUAGACAAGAACUCAACUGAAGCCAUUGAUGACUGUAAAGGUGUUUUAGAUCUUGACUCUUUGAUUAUCCACACUCACAGAAUCUUGAUGCAAGGUGUAAUGAAGGAGACGCAGAUGCCAGGAAGAUUCAGUACAAAUGAUAGAAAAGCUAAUUUCAAAGGCAAGGAAUACUGGUAUCCCACAUUUGAAGACGAAAUAUUUGCCGAUGUAGCUGUUCAGACUUUGGUUGACAAAGUGAAUGACAUUAUGGAUAACAUCAGGUAUAAGAAUGUUUCAGAUGAAGAGAAAUAUAAACUUUACUUCAAAUGUUCCAGCCUUUUCCUCUUUGUGUUUCUUACCCUGCAUCCAUUUGCAGAUGGAAAUGGCAGACUUGCCCGUUUUCUUGCAAGUUACAAUCUUCUCACAUUCUCACCAUUUAUGACGCCAGUCUACAAUGUGUUCAGCUCAUCCAGGGAAUGUGAUUAUAUUCAGUCAUUAGUUGACACAAGAGAAGGUCUUCAGAUUUCAAAGAAAAUAACUGCUAAGGAUGAGGCUGUAAAGUUGACGAUUUCUGUAAUGCGUCAAAAACCUCGUGAUUUGUGUUCCAUGCUUAUUGAGUCAAAUUGGACAAUUUGGCGACAGUUGUUGGUCAGAUUGGGCGACAGAAGUAUCAAGCUUUUUGAAUGGGAAGUCCAGAAUCAGACAUUCUUGAGCAGGACUUUUGAGGCAUCUGAAUCUGUUCAAUAAGUUAAUUGACCACUACUGGGGCACUUAUGCAUUCAUAUGUCCAGCACCAUGAUAAUUAAGCUAAUUGUUGAUGCUUGUAUUAGACAGUUACCUUAGAACUUGUUAAUUCAAGAAUGUGGUCAGAGCAGUCAGUAAGAUCUUAGUGUUUUCAACUGUUUUACAUAGAUUCCAUAAUUAUGUCCCCCUUUGAAGAAGAGGGGGUAUAUUGUUUUGCACCUCAGUGACCUGUUGGUCACGUUGGUUGGUCUGUCUGGCAAUAAAGCAAAAAUGGUUUCCACCCAAUAAAUUGAAAACCACUUGACCAAGAAUCUCCAGUGGCUUAUAAAGUAAAUAAUCCAUAUUGUUUUUGGGGUCAGUGGUUACAGGGGCCUUUACCUUGAAAACCAUUUGCUCUCACGGUUUCCAAUAAAUAAAUGACUUGAGAACCACUUGACCCAGAAUCUUGAAACUUAAAAACAUGAUUGUGCUUAUGAAGUAGAUGAUCCCUAUUUUUUUGUGUGUGUGGGGGGGGGGGGGGGGCGUCAGAUGUCAAGGUUGGGCCUGAACCUUGAAACAUUUCUGCCCAAAAACUUGAGAAUCUCUUGACCCAGGACCUUCAAACUUGGUAGAAUGAUUGGGAUUAUCAAAAUGAUGACCCCUAAUGUUUUUUGGGUCAGUAGGUCAAAUGUCAAGGCACAGGAACCAUGAAAACUGUUUCUGCCUAAUAAUUUGAGAACCACUUGACCAAGAACCUUGAACUUGGAGGCAUGAUUGGGCUUAUAAAGUAGAUUACCCCAGUUGAUUUAGAAUUCAGCAGGUCAAAGGUCAAGGUCACGGGCCUGAAUCCUGAAAAUGGUUUCUGCCCAAUAACUUGAGAAAUAAACUCAGAAUCUUCAAACUUGAUAGCAUAAUUGGGCUUGCAAAUUAGAUGACCCCUACUGUUUUGGGGGUCAUUAGAUCAAAGGUAAAGGUCUUGGGGGGGGGGGGAACCUGAGCAUUGAAAAUCAUUUCUGCUCAAUAACUUGAGAACCACUCAACCUAGGACCUUCAAAAUUAAUUGCCUGAUUGGAGUUAUGAAGUUGACGACCCCUAUAGUUUUGGGGGUUAGUAGUCAAAGGUCAAGGCCAUAGGGGUCAGAACCUUAAAAAUGGUUUCAGUCCAAAUAAUUCUAGAACCACUUGACCCAGAACCUUCAAACUAGGUAGCACGAUUGGGUUUAUAAAGUAGAUACCCCUAUUUUGGGGGGUUAUUAGAUCAAGGUCAAUGGGGCCUGAACCUUGAAAAUGGUUUCUUCAUAGUUGAGAACUACUUGACUCGGGGGACCUUCAAACUUGAUAGCAUGAUUGGAUUUUUUGAAGGUGAUGUCCCCUAUUGUUUUGAGGGUUAAUAGGUCAAAGGUCAAGGUCAUAGUGAUCAAGGGACUGAAAAUGGGACAACCCAUCAUUGAGGCAUACAUAUUUUACAGACAACUCUUGCUGACUCUGGUGGCAGCAGCCAUCAAAAAUUACAACUGCUUGAUCCAGCAAGUCUAAAGCAGGAGGUUGAAAAUGGUUUCCACCCAAUAACUUGAGAAAAAAUAGACCCAGAACUUUCAAACUUGAUAGCUAAUUGGAUUUACAAAUUAGAUGACCCCCUCAUGUUUUUAUUUUGAUGUAAAUGAGAUGUGAAACCAAAAUUUGUAGUCCUGUUUGGCGUCAUAUAACCUAUACUGUGUUGGUGCGCCGUAAAACCAAAAUAAAUAAAUAAAUAAGAUGACCCCCCUACUGUUUUGGGGGUCAUUAGAUCAAAGGUCAAGGUCUCAGGCACCUGAGCCUUGAAAACCAUUUCUGCUCAAUAACUUGAGAAUCACUCAACUAAGGACCUUCAAAAUUGAUGGCAUGAUUGGAUUUAGGAAGUUGAUGGCCCCUAUAUUUUGGUGGUCAGAUAUCACAGGACUGAAAAUGGGAAACACAUAAUAAUAAUAAUAAUAAUAAUUUUAUUUGUGCACUUCAUGUCAAUACAAGUUACUUAGCAUAAUAAAUUAUCACAGUAUUUCACAGAUCACAGUUGUACAGUCUAACCUGUCUUAAGCAGCCAGCCAAGGGAAGCAGACAAUUUGGCCGCUUAAGCCAGGUGACCGCUGAUCGGAGGUGCAGCCAGUAUAUGUAUUUUUCAGACUUCUGACCAGUCUAUAGCCUUUAGGCCCAUUUCUUUUUGGGUUUUCCAUUAUUAUUUUACCACGAUACAAUGACGUGCAUUUGCCUUCGCAAUACGAAUGGUCUUCUUAGCAAUCUAAAACUCCGGCGUGGUUUUUUUUACUACAACAGACAAUUUUCCAACUUCAAAACAAGUUUGUUUUACAAUUUCCGCCAUUUUGGUAAGGGAAGCUACUCUCGGCGCUUAUUGUCUACGCUAAAUCUAAGAUUGCCGUUACGUUCCGUAAAAGAUAGAGUGGUUUAUAUUUUUUUCAAACACAAUAAAUUUCGUAUAAAUUUAAUAGUAUUUUGAUGACAGAUGUAUAAAAAAAAUCACAAAUAUUAUGCUACUUAUUAGUUAUCGAGUAUUAUCUUUAACCGAGGUCAAACUGUGAUCAACAAAAUUGACACGAGGUGACACACUAAUUACCGAUAAUUACUGGCCAUUUGAUCAUAACAAAAGGGGAUUACACCUUUGGUUAUCAGUUUUAAUUGAGAAGCUCAAUGUCAUUUUGUCGUUCUUGUGGUGAAGUCACGCGAAACUUAGCAACCACGUGCUUCUCAAAAUCGGGUAUCUUCGGCGAUUAUUGCCUAAAAAUAAUUGGUUUAGGAAGAAAAAUGGCCGCUGAAAGGGGUCAAAUACGGCGGUCGGGAGGCAAUUUCGGUGGCCGCUGGCCGCGGACGGCAGGUGGCCGCUGAAUAAAGUAAUAAAAUAGAGGAAAAUCCGUCGGGGGCGUCAUAAAAUGGCCGCUGAUCGGAGGUGACCGUUAGUACAGGUUAGACUGUAAUAGUAAAGUCAUCUAUCAUAUAAUAUUGAUUAUACUUUAUCACAGGAUGUUAUUCUUGUUUUGAAUAUGUAGUUACUGAAACAAAAAAUGUAAAAGAUAUCGAUAUCACCUCUAGAUAGUUGUUAUACCAUACCGUCGUUUAUAUGACUGAAAAAUUGUUGAAAAAGACGUUAAACCCGAACACACACACACAGUAUUUAUAAUUUCAAAUAGAAGAUAGUGCACUGGAUUGCCCGUAAAGCUUUGGCAUUUACAUGCAAAAACUUAUUUCCAACGGGGUCCAUCAUGGGGGCAUGCAUGUUUUACAGAAAUCUCUUGUUACAACUGCUUGAUCCAAGUCCAUAGCAGGAGUUUUUCAUGAAUUUCAGCGUUAUCUUAUAAGAAUGAGGUUAAUUGUCUGAAUUUUUAAGAUAUCUUUAGUAGUGUUACUUUUAUGGUGGCCAAAAACGUACUUUAAAAUUCUGGUCCUUGAAAAGUUUACUGUAUUUCAUACUUAUAUCAAUUUUACCAGGAAAAUGUUGCUUUUAUAAAUUCUAACUAAGAUAUCUAGAAAAUUUUGUAACAGUCAUUCGUCAACAUAAUUAUAAAGCCAAAAUAGACACGCUUUUUUUAUGUGACCAGAAUGAUAGAAAUUACAAUUGAAAAUAGUUUUUAGCUCACCUGUCACGUAGUGUAAAGGUGAGCUUUUGUGAUAGUCCGCCGUCCGUUCACAAUUUCUUGUGAACACGAUAGAGACCACAGUUUGCAAUCAAUUUUAAUCAAACUUGCACACAACUUGGCAUAAUAUCUCGAUUCCUUUCGAAAACUGGCCAGAUCCCAUCAUGGGUUCCAGAGUUAUGGCUCCUUAAAGGGCCAAAAUUAACUAUUUUUGGCUUAUGAACAGUGAACACGAUACAGACCACAUUUUAGAUAACUCUUGAUUGAACGUUUAUCGAUGUGAAUACUUUACUAAUAUAAUGUUGUAAAGGCUUGUACUCUGUAUCUUCUACAUGCACAUACCAAUGCAUGACUAUCUCCCCUGAUUUUAUUAAAAAUGGAUUUGUCUCAGUAAGUAUUUGUAGGACUCAUUUGAAAUUUCAUUAUUGUCAUUUGUUGGACUGAUACAAUCAGGGUAGAUAACUAUGGACUGAUUUAUUUCAAAUUACCUCCCUUUGUUUCAAAUUAAAAUAGGUGUUUCUCUGUAACCAAUAAAAAUACUGAUUUGAAAUGUCAUUUAUGCCAUCAGAUGGACUCGGACAAUCAGGAUAGAUAACUUUUGACUGAAUUUAUGACAGAUUACCUCCCUUUAUUUUAUGUAAAUGAAUAUACCUCAGCAGCAUCUAAUGAGAUUGGUUUUAAAUGUUAUUUCAGUCUUCCAGGAUAAGGAAUAGUCAUGCUAGUACAAAAAUGCAGCAUUUGAGCCUAGGACCCUCAAACUUGGUAUGGAGAUUGGCCCUAACUAGUAAGUGACCCUUAGGUCAAAAGGGACUGUUAAAGAAACUAUGUAUCCUGAUGAUAUUUAAUGUGUAUGCCAAUGUGAUCUAUGUCUAAACUUGAUCUUAUCAUUAAGAGCAAUGAUACUCAGGUGAGCGACAUAGGGCCAUCAUGGCCCGGCCCUCUUGUUAAAAAUGUUAUCACCAUAACAUUCUUUAGAGUGAUGUAUAAUAUGAAUUGUGUUGUCUUUAUUUAAGGAUGUACGAGCAUUUUUUUCAGGAUAUCCGCCAUUUUAAAAAAUGUUCCAUCGAAUAUUGCUUUGUAACAAAAGUUUUGCCAAAAAAUAAUGCUAAAUAAUUAAUUUAUAGGGCUAAUAAUGUACCAUUUAACCAAAUAGAUUCUGCUCUUUGCGAAAAAAAAAAAUUCACCCUUAUUUUUGACGUUUUACAAUAUGGUAGGGGUAGGUAAUUUCAAAUAUCUAUGAAAGUAGGUCAGGUUUGGUUUUGAUAUUUUCCUGACUGAUACAUAAUGAUAUGUUAUAAUUGAAAUAAACAUUUUCAACAUAUCACUUUAUUUUAUCUAGAAAAUGUAAAUAAAAUCAAAAAGAACUAAAAAGAUCAAAAUUCACCAGUUUUUGACAAUUUUUUCUUAAUAAAUCUCUUAGUUGCAUGGUGACUCCAACUUUUUAGCUCACCUGAGCACAAAGUGCUCAAGGUGAGCUUUUGUGAUCAGCUGGCGUCGUCCGUCAUCGUCAGUUGUCCGUCGUCGUCAACAAUUCGACUGUUAACAAUCUAGAGGUCACAAUUUUAGCUCAGUCUUAAUGAAACUUGGUCAGAAUGUUCGAUAUUGGGUCAUCUGGGGUCAAAAACUAGGUCACUAGGUCAAAUCAAAGAAAAAACUUGUUAACACUCUGGAGGUCACAAUUUUAGCCCAAUCUUAAUGAAACUUGGUCAGAAUGUUACCCUCAAUGAAAUCUUGGACGAAUUUGAUAUUGGGUCA